AUGAGUAAACGCCAGGAGAAUGCGCAUAUCCCAAAGUAUAUCAGGGACCAGCCGUGGUUCUACAAGGCCGCGCGCGGCGGGUCUGAAUCCGAGGAUUAUCUAGCACACCAUCGGAGGGCCAACUCCCUCAAAAACGCGGACUCGGACCUUGAUAUCGACAAUAACGCGGAGCCCAAGGUCGGGCGCGGCAUCCAGGAUACCUACGAGCGGGCCACGCCGCGGCAGGGCUCGGAGAACUGCCGAAACUGUGGGGGCGCUGGCCAUGCGGAACGCGACUGUCUGGAGGCGCCCAGGAAGCGUAAAGCGACCCAUAGGCCGCACAGAGAGGUCGGGUCCGAGCGUCGUGCGGAUUCCGGCGGCAACUGGGACGCGCGAAAAGACCGCUGGUACGGCUACGACGGCGAAGAGUACGAUCGCGUGCUCAGGCGCCAGCAGGACGAGCUGCGCCAGCACGAACAGAGCCAGCCAGCGGCAGACGCAGUGGACACCGACGAGGAGAUAGAGCUGGCGGCCCUGGGCCUUUACAAGCAGGAAAUGACAGGUUUCAUCGCGCACGACGACGCUCGCGGGUCCAGGCUGAGGGCGUCGGUACGGCUGCGCGAGGACCGCGCGGCGUACCUCAACGACAUCGGGUCGGACACGCUCAACUACGACCCGAAGUCCCGUCUCUACAAGACCGACGAGCUCGGCGAAGUCGACUCCGAAACCAACAUGUUCCACCGCCAUCUGACGGGGGAGUCGCUCCAGCUGUCCGAGCUCAACCGCUUCGCGCGCGAACGUACACUGCAGUCGGGCAUCAGAGAUGAGGUGGAGAACGCAGCCAAGACCAGCCACGUCCUGGUUGCCAACCCGACCAAAUAUGAACUUCUGAGACGGCACACUGACCAGCCGACCGACCGCGAGCACGACGCUGCCGCGCGCGAGUCGUCUUCCAACGCGAGCGCCAAGCGAAUCUCCGGUACGAAACAAACGGAGGAGCACAAGAGCCAGCUACUACAAAAAUACGGCUAG